CCUCUCUCCUUCUCCCACAGUUUCCCGGACGUGGACGGACGAGUGUUGUGGGGGAGAUGGGGAUCUACCAGACGAUACACCCACUAACCCCACCCAUCCGCUCUACACCGCCCACACUGCCCGUGCCGCCCGCAAAACAAGGGACGCCCGCUCCUCCGUUACCCUGGAUGAUGAUCUACAGGAGCUGCUCGCUAGGAACUCCAAGACAGGAAGCGGGGUGUUGGUGCUGCUUGUGGGCGUCGUGGUGGGGGCCUGGGUGCUGGGGUCGUGCGGGGCGUCGUGGGCGUGGCUCAUGGUCAGUCUGGGCGUCACUUGGGCCCUCGUGUCCGGCGCACUCCAGCGAGCAGCCGAAGACGCCACCAGGUAUGAGUCACUUCGCCUACAUCGUCGUCGGGCGCUGCAGGCGGACGAGACGUGCGAGUGGCUGAACAUCUUGGUUAACCGCUGGUGGGUCUUCUCGUCGGCCUCUAUCUUCGCCAGGGUAAAGGCGGCUCUUGACCCCAGGUUGAACGAUGCCAAGCCCGCUUUUCUAGAGGCCAUCUCGCUAAAGCAGUUGAGCUUGGGAGACCGGACACCUGUACUACGCAGUGUGAGAACGUGGGAUGUGUCGAGCACGGGGGCGAGCAUGGGGGGUGGCUCACGUCGCCCAAUGUGUCCAUCCCGCCCACCGCCUGGUCUAGCCCACGCCCCCACUCACACACUGGCCCUUAUGUGUGACCUAGCGCUAGACUCGGACUCGUUCUCCGCCGUCCUCGCUGCCAGGAUCGGUAGCAAAGGGGUGGGUGUUGACCUGGAUGUGGGAGUGGAGAAGCUGGCGGUGUUAGGUCGUGUGGUGGUGACCGCCACCCUGGACAUGGAGGCGCCCUUCCCCCACGUCACGCGCCUCUCUCUCUCUUUCACCGAGAAACCCCAGGUCUGGUUCAGCGUCAGAAUCCUCAAGGCGGUGCAGAUGAUGGAGGUGCCUGUACUGAAGACAUGGCUCCACUCACUGGUAAUGGACGCCCUGGCCACAGCUUGGGUUGAUCCGGGUCAGCUGGAGGUCAACAUUCACUCAACUGAUGUACAUGUCCCUGAGACCCGUCCAGGGGACACCUUAGCCCAGGGAGUCCUCACAGUCAUUAUCUGGACCCUCAAGGCAACUUCAGAUAAACAAACACUGCUUUGUCAUGGAGAUGGUGUAAGUCUGGACGAGGACAAGUGGGUGGUGUUGAUGGUGGACGGGCAGCAGCACGUGACCCCGACCAUUACGUCUCCUCGCUGGCAGGAGGCAUGCAGCUUCCUGGUGAGCUCCUCCCCAAACCACCACAACCUGGUGCUCAAAGUCAAGACUAAGAGGCUCAUCACUACUACUCUAACACAAUACGACUUGCCACUCAGUCAGUAUGGCCUUGACAGCUGUAGAGUGGCAGAAACGGUCCUGCAGAAGAAAGGAGGCAAGGUAAUAGGGGGUAGUGUACCACCUCUUCACCUGCGGCUCCAGUACACCCCACUCACCCCAGUGAACUUGGAAUCACCACUACCUGGCCCCCUGUCAGACAACCAGGAAGGUGCUGGUGUAUUAUACAUUGUGGUCCACGGAGCAGAUAAUAUUGCUGCUGUCACAGACUAUCCUCCCAGCCCAUACUGCCUCAUAUUCAGCAAUCGCAAAAAGGUGAAGACAACACACUAUGUUUGUGAAUGUGGGUCACCACGGUGGGAGUGUGGGGUGGAGGUCCUGGUGAGGGACUUAGCUGCAGUGACACUGGCUGUAGCUGUUUGUUCCUUGCCAAGGGGCACCCAGGAUACAGAACUUCUUGGCUUAGCCUCCCUUUCUCUUGCUACAGUGGAGCUGCCCAUGGUGCGCCGCCAGAUGUCUCUCACCCGCAGCCUUCCCACACCUGGUGGUGCUUCAACUUCCACCUCAUUGCCAGGGACGGUGACAGUGACAGUGGUAUUCAGGUCUGUGCCAUCGGUGGCUGGAUGCAACAUGUCUUCAGCUGAUUUGGGAUCAGAAAAAGGGUUCACAUCUACUUUUGGUCCUUUGUCAACCUCCCAACCUUCACCAGUUCUCACCUCAGCUGCCCAGCGGAGAUCCUCACUUCCCUUGGUUGAUGAUGAAGACAUGGCCUUCAAGAAGCGUAGCAACACACCCUGGUACAGUCAGGCAAGUCGAUUCCUAGGGACAACCCGGGAUGGAGAGACUGGCACACAGGACAUUGGUGACAUUAUUGCCUCUGGUCUGGGCCUCAUGGAACUCACUAUCAUCAGGGCACGUGACCUGGUGGCCAAGGACCUGAAUGGAUAUAGUGACCCAUACUGUGUUGUGAAGGUCAGUGGAGAGGUCAAGUACAGGACAAGAGUUAAGAAGAAGACACUCAACCCUGAGUGGGAGGAAACCCACAUGACCCACCUGCCUAAGCACCCUGAUUCUUUGGCCAUUACCCUAUGGGACCAUGAUGCAUUUGGGAGGGACUUCCUGGGCUCAGUGUCCCUUAGGGAAGCAGAUGUGCGGCAGAUGUCUGUGAGCGAUGCCCCAGUAUGGUGUGCUCUUGAUGGAACCAAGUCUGGUCAGCUGGAAAUCAGGGUCAAGGUUAUCUCCGAUGAUUAUGAGCAUCAGAUAAAGUCAUCACAAGGCAUAACUGGUGUAGUGGGUACUGGCCUGGCAGACGACACAGUAAAGGGAGAAGAUGAGUGUGGGGUAGGCCAGACAGAGGAGGACCCAGCCCCCGCUUCCCUGGAGGAGGAUUCAGGAGUUGUUUUGCCGAGCAUGUCACCCGCACUAGAGGAUGAAGAAGUACAAGUUCCCCGUAUACCAUCACACAGCUUAUCAUAUGCUAGCAAUGGUGUCCGUGUUUCUCCAACACUCUCUAAUGGACGAAGGGCUAGUGAGUCAGCUCUCAUUGAUAGCAAGAGGGAUGCAAUGCCUGAAGAUCGGAAUGGCACCUUUAGUGGUUCUGCCACACCAUCUUGUGCCAGUCCAAUUCAUUCUUCAACUAGGUCAAGAAGAACUGGUGCUAAGAUCAUUGCUAGCGCCCUGUCAAUGGCCAGGUCCCGGCCCAAGAAUGAGACUUCAAGUGAAGCCUCUUCCACAACAGCCAGCCCAACCAGAAGCCACCAAAGCCCAGCUGCUGCAUCCAAGGCUGUCCCUAAGAUCAGUCUUACAGAGCACAGUGAGGACGACUAUGGAGGCAGCAGCCCUGAGCAUCACCGUAAAGGCAAGAAGUCUGAUGGAGGCCUGCGAGCAGUGCGAGAUAAGAUGCGCCGUGGCUUUGCGCACCCUCUGCGACGCUUCCGGUCUGAAGCCAACGUGCGGGAGGACCCUGAGGUACGGCCACAAGAGAAUCUUGAUCCCCGCCUGGAGCUGGCCCUGAGCGUGGGCAUGCCACUUCGUGUUGGUGUGGGUGGGGGCGAGGGAGACGCUAGUGAGCUGCUGGAUGGGCCACUCACCCACGCUAAGUCCCAGCCUAACCUUCUGCUCAUGGCCCCUGAGGCUGCCAGACUUUCGUCGUCUGCGAAAGUAAUGAGCAGCAACAACUCCAGCAGUGGGCAUGGACAGCAGCGUGCAGAUGUGUUUGUGAAUGUACGUGGGGUGGCAGGGAUGGUCCAGGGCCUCCAUAUCCCCCGUUCUGGCCUCCAGCUGUUUCUUAGGGUCCGCAUCAGUGAUGACAAGAGUAGCAGCAGCAGUCUCAGUAGCAGCUUCAGCAGUAGCUUUGGCAGCAGUCUCAGCAGCAGUAGCAGUAGUAGUAGCCGGAGCACCAAAACAGUAGGGAGGUCUCGGCUGGUGCCUGCAUCACCUUCCCCAACCUUUGAGUGUGAAUGGCAGGUGGAGAGCGAUGUGUCGCGCCGGGCCCUUCUUGUCCUUGAAGUUCGCACUGGCUCCAGGGAGCUCCUAAACUCUGCCAAUGUUGUCCUUGGGGACCUGUUCACUGAGCCUGGGACAGAAGGUAGUGUGGAAACAUGGGUGAACCUACAAGGGGGUGCCACACUCCACCUGCAGGCUAGCCAUGGUGGCCAGGCCCCCCACACUUCCAGAAGACGUUCCCUCUUUCGCUCCUGGUCCCUUCACAAACUUGGCAAGAUAUGAAUGUGUGUCAGUGUGGCCUAAUUUUUUUUUAGUGCAUUCAAGGGAGAAUUUUAUGUGGCAAAAGGGCUAUUAAGCAAAGUCAUGAGGUGUGCUGUUACAGUUUAAGAACCAUCUAGUACAGUUAAGGGCCCAUUGACGUGAUGAAAGGAUAAAUCAGGACAAUCAGAGGACCCAUCUAGUCUGAGGAUGUAACUAUAAUCUGCUUUCGUUCAGCACAACCCAAGCAGUUCGUAGUGUGGUCCAUGGAACUGCCACUGCAAUCUAUAGUGUGAAGCAGGAGCUAUGUAAUUUUUAACAAUUUUGAAAGCUUUCAACAUGACCUGUUGUGCUAUUCACAAAAUCUAAUUAGCUAUCAGUUUAUCCAUAUGACUUAAGAGCUGUCAGUAUGACUUGAAGACUGUCUAUAAGAUUGAAGUGCUGUUAAUACAUCUUGAAGGCUGUCUAUAUGAACUAAGAGCUGUUAGCAUAUCUUGAGGCCUAUUGAUAUGACUUGGAUGUUGUCAGUUUGACCUCAAGGCUGUCAGUAUAUUCUGAAGGCUGUCAAGAUACAAAAGCUGCAUACAUGACCUGAAUGUAGUUAGUAAUUUUUACAUUCUUAGCAUGUUCCAGUAAGGCAAAGUGAUAUAUACCACCCAAGAAAGUAUACCAUUGUGAAAGACUUCGACUUGAGAAUCACAUGGACCUUGGGUGAUUUUGACAUAGAUUAUCGAGCUAAUCAGUGCUUCAUGGCGAUAAUAAUGUGUAGGGUCUCAUUUAUAUUAUGUAGCUCUAAAGACAAACGGGUUGUUUUCUUAUGCAUUCAGGCAGUUAUAGAGAUUAGGUUUGUACAGUCAAGGGUAUUUUAGUAUUUUAAGGUUGGUAUACUUUCGCAAGUUUCUAUUUUCACACCUACCAUUACUGCAAGUCAAUCUUGUGCAACAAAAUCUCCAAUCUCUUAUAACCAUGUGGUACAAAUGAACUUUGCUUUAUAACAAGUGUUAUAAAACUUAAAAACUUUGAAUGAUUUUUUAAUCAUUCCCCUAAUAUGUACACAUGCAAUGAAGUGUUGUAGUAACCUUCAAAGUAUGAUGGAAAUUUUCUACAAGAACUUAUUUAUGUUUGUGGGAGUGACUACAAACAUAAAUUGAUUUUUUAAAUAAUGAUUGUUAAUGAAACAUUCAGAAAUAUGAAUCUAUAAAAGUUGGAUUGUGAAACAAAAGUUUUCAGUGAAAAUUAUAAAACCAAAGCUGAUCCUAGUCAUUACUACAAAAGUGUUGCUUUAAGUGAAAUGUAGUCAAAACUUGAAAACUUUAUUGAUUUGUAAUCAUUAUUGUUAACCUAGGAAAAGUUAGUGAUAUAUACUGUACAUCAUUGAUGUGUGUAUUAGUGAAUUUUGCAGUUCACUGUAUGCACUAUCUGAAAUGCUAUCAUUUUAUACCAGGGAUGAACUGUGUUGGUGAGUUGGUAGUGGUGUUGCUGUAAGCAGGUCUCCCAGUGGCAACAAUAUCAUAGGGUAUUUUUCGAAGAUAAAUUAAUUAGAAAGACAUGUACAUACUGUAUAUGCGUGAUUCAGUUACAUAAGAUACACCUUCAAUGAUGAUUUUUUUUAUAUGUAUUAUCUCAUGAAUGUACAAUUAAUUUAGUGCAAAUUAGUAAUGUAAGUACUGUACAGUAUUCAGACUUACUAGCUACUGGAUAUGCAGCCAGUCUCUUCCUACUGUUUGCAAUACUUUGUCACUACAGUAUAUGUAAUAUCACAUUCAAGAUUAAUGAAAUAUAUUAUGCAUACAUUCCAUUAAGUUAUAAAUUUUUUGAUGGUGUUGUUGUCCAGCAUUCACAUACAGUUCAUGGAUGUGAAUCAUUAGUGUUCCCUUAGUAUUCUGUAUGAAGUCAUUUUUACGACUAAUCACCAAAAUGCACAUUAUACCUGCACUCAUAUUAGUUUAUAAUGAUUUAAAAAUUUACUUGGUUUGAUAUCUAAUACUAUUUAAUUUAGGAAAAUAUUUUUAAUUUUAACUAAGGUGUGUUCUAAGAUGUUUAAUAUGAUUCCUGGGUUAAAAAAGUACAUAUUACAGGUAUAAUUUUACCCUGCAAAGAAAAGGUGCAGACAAUUUUGCAUGAAUUUCAUUAGAUUUAUAGUACAGUACAGGGGUAUACAGUAUUUGUUUAGUAUAUUAGAAUUAAUUUCGAGUCUGCCCAGUGCUUGUUCAACACCCAAACUGAGCAGGGUGUUGAAUGGUGCCCAUUUUUUUAUAGAAACGGGACUUUCUUGGUACCUUUUGAAAAAUUUGGUGUCACACUGCGAGAGGCCUGCUGUAAGCAACCAGCUCAUGCCAUCCUUCCCACCACCUGUUAUGAUAAUAUAUCAUGUGUAAUAAGUUUACAAAAGCAAUGUCUUUCUGCAGUCAAUCAGCUAGACUUAAUACAAUGUUUUAGAUGGGCAUAAUAUGUAAUAAGUUCAUAAACUAGUGGUGUGUUGCAGUGUCACAACACACUGUUUUAGAUGGACAUACUAUGUAAUAAGUUCACAAACUAGUGGUAUGUUGCAGUGUCACAACACAGUGUUUUGGAGAAUAUUGUAUUGCCAAUUACUAUGAACAAGUUAUAUAAAAACAGAAAAAGCUUGGCAAUCAAAAUGCGAACUUCCUACAGUGAUUAGUAAUUAGUAGUGUAGGAUCCUAGCAUGAGAUGGUGGCCUUAUCCAACAAAUACAUCAACAAAAGCAGAAAACCUAAAGCACCAUAUAGUUAAGAACAUAAAAACUGAGAACUAUUGGUAAAAUAAGUGUGAAUAGCACAAACUCUCCUCAAUGUUUAUUACAAAUUAACAUUUAACUUUGUAUGUCAUACCCUUAGCUCAAAACUGUAUCUUUGUGGAUAUUUUCAACCAAUAUUUAUGUAUUUCAGUUGAGCUGAAUGAUAACUUGUAUGACAACAACUGUGAUGUUCUGUACUGUUGUCCAAAUGUAUUAGCUGUUGUCAGUGACUGGUAGUGUCAACUGGUCUGUGCAAAGACUGUUAGCAUCAAUAGUCUUUACCUUACCAUGGGUCACAUAACACACUUGUUUGCAGACAGUAACUGGUUAAUAAACAUUCCUGCUCA